UUUGGGCUCAUAAUAAAUUAAAAGUUGCUCCUGCUACUCAGCCUAGAGCCUUGAGCAUUGUACAAGGACGUGCUGUAGGAGUAACCCAUUACCUUCUGGGUGGAAUUGCCACAACAUGGGCGUUCUUCUUAGCAAGAAUUAUUGCAGUAGGAUAAUGGCUAGCAGGAUUUGAAAAGCAUUAUGGCAUUAAGAUUUCCAAGGUUUAGCCAAGGCUUAGCUGAGGACCCCACUACUCGUCGUAUUUGGUUUGGUAUUGCUACCGCACAUGACUUCGAGAGUCAUGAUGAUAUUACUGAAGAACGUCUUUAUCAGAAUAUUUUUGCUUCUCACUUUGGGCAAUUAGCAAUCAUUUUUCUGUGGACUUCCGGAAAUCUGUUUCAUGUAGCUUGGCAAGGAAAUUUUGAGUCAUGGGUACAGGACCCUUUACACGUAAGACCUAUUGCUCAUGCAAUUUGGGAUCCUCAUUUUGGUCAACCUGCUGUAGAAGCUUUUACUCGGGGAGGUGCUCUUGGCCCAGUGAAUAUCGCUUAUUCUGGUGUUUAUCAGUGGUGGUAUACAAUAGGUUUACGCACUAAUGAAGAUCUUUAUACUGGAGCUCUUUUUCUAUUAUUUCUUUCUGUUAUAUCUUUACUAGGGGGUUGGUUACACCUACAACCAAAAUGGAAACCGAGCGUUUCGUGGUUCAAAAAUGUCGAAUCCCGUCUCAACCAUCACUUGUCAGGACUCUUUGGAGUAAGUUCCUUGGCUUGGACAGGACAUUUAGUUCAUGUCGCUAUUCCCGGAUCCAGAGGAGAGUACGUUCGAUGGAAUAAUUUCUUAGACGUAUUACCACAUCCUCAAGGAUUAGGUCCCCUUUUUACAGGUCAGUGGAAUCUUUAUGCUCAAAACCCUGAUUCAAGCAGUCAUUUAUUUGGUACCUCCCAAGGGGCGGGAACUGCCAUUCUAACCCUUCUUGGGGGAUUUCAUCCACAAACGCAAAGUUUAUGGCUAACUGAUAUGGCUCAUCAUCAUUUAGCUAUUGCAUUUGUUUUUCUUGUUGCGGGUCAUAUGUAUAGAACGAACUUUGGGAUUGGGCACAGUAUGAAAGAUCUUUUAGAAGCGCAUAUUCCCCCAGGGGGACGAUUGGGACGCGGACAUAAAGGUCUUUAUGACACAAUCAACAAUUCGCUUCAUUUUCAAUUAGGACUUGCCCUAGCGUCUUUAGGUGUUAUAACUUCCUUGGUAGCCCAACACAUGUACUCUUUACCUGCUUAUGCGUUCAUAGCCCAAGAUUUUACGACUCAAGCUGCGUUAUAUACACAUCACCAAUACAUCGCAGGAUUCAUUAUGACAGGAGCUUUUGCUCAUGGAGCUAUAUUUUUCAUUCGAGAUUACAAUCUGGAACAGAAUGAAGAUAAUGUAUUGGCAAGAAUGUUAGACCAUAAAGAAGCUAUUAUAUCCCAUUUAAGUUGGGCCAGUCUCUUUUUAGGGUUCCAUACCUUGGGUCUUUAUGUUCAUAAUGAUGUCAUGCUUGCUUUUGGUACUCCAGAAAAACAAAUUUUGAUCGAACCCAUAUUUGCUCAAUGGAUACAAUCUGCUCAUGGGAAAACUUCAUAUGGGUUUGAUGUACUUUUAUCCUCAACAAGUGGACCGGCAUUCAAUGCGGGUCGAAGUAUAUGGUUGCCUGGCUGGUUAAAUGCUGUUAAUGAGAAUAGUAAUUCCCUAUUCUUAACAAUAGGGCCUGGAGACUUUUUGGUUCAUCAUGCUAUUGCUCUAGGUUUACAUACAACUACAUUGAUCUUAGUAAAAGGUGCUUUAGAUGCACGCGGUUCAAAGUUAAUGCCAGAUAAAAAGGAUUUCGGUUAUAGUUUUCCUUGCGAUGGUCCAGGACGAGGCGGUACUUGUGAUAUUUCGGCUUGGGACGCAUUUUAUUUGGCGGUUUUCUGGAUGUUAAAUACCAUUGGGUGGGUUACCUUUUAUUGGCAUUGGAAACACAUCACAUUAUGGCAGGGUAAUGUUUCACAAUUUAAUGAAUCUUCCACUUAUUUGAUGGGAUGGUUAAGAGAUUAUCUAUGGUUAAACUCUUCACAACUUAUCAAUGGAUAUAAUCCAUUUGGUAUGAAUAGUUUAUCGGUUUGGGCCUGGAUGUUCUUAUUUGGACAUCUUGUUUGGGCUACGGGAUUUAUGUUCUUAAUUUUGUGGCGUGGAUAUUGGCAGAAGUUGAUUGAAACUUUAGCAUGGGCUCAUGAACGCACACCUUUGGCCAAUUUCAUUCGAUGGAGAGAUAAACCGGUAGCUCUUUCCAUUGUACAAGCAAGAUUAGUUGGAUUAGCCCACUUCUCCGUAGGUUAUAUAUUCACAUAUGCGGCUUUCUUGAUUGCCUCUACAUCGGGCAAAUUCGGUUAAUUUUUGUGUUGUCUUCACGAUAAUCUCAUUUCUGGCGACGGAGAAGGGAGCCCCCUUUCUUAUACACUUUUACAUCUAGGAUCCGACUUGUAUCAUUGAUACUAAUAGGAACUGAACCAUUAUGGCAAGGAAAAGUUUGAUUCAGCGGGAGAAGAAGAGAAAAAAUUUAGAACAAAAAUAUCAUUUGAUUCGUCGAUCCUCAAAACAAGAAAUACGCAAAGUAACAUCGUUGAGUGAUAAAUGGGAAAUUCAUGGAAAGUUACAAUCUCCACCACGUAAUAGUGCACCUGCGCGUCUUCAUCGACGUUGUUUUUUGACCGGAAGACCGAGAGCUAACUAUCGAGACUUUGGGUUAUCUGGACAUAUACUUCGUGAAAUGGUUCACACAUGUUUGUUGCCAGGGGCAACAAGAUCAAGUUGGUAAAGAAAAAAUAA